GGCACCACACCGAGACUUUGGCUUUGUAGUCCAGUGCCCCCUGAUCAAGGGACACCUGGCACGGGCACGACUGUCCCCUCAACAGGCGUGUCUUGACACCCUAAGGUGGUGCCAUCCUCAGGUCGGAGGUUUCGGCGGGGGCCCGGAGCGGCCGAACGGGCCGGGGCUGCGGCAGGUGGAACACACCGGGCUCCUCCUCCGGGAGGCCGCGGGGCCGCGCCCGGGCAGGCGCCAGGUGAAGGAGGCGGUGGUGCCCCUCGGUGAGGCGGCUGCCGCCCGGUCGGGCAGGAGAGGCCGCUAUGAGGCUGCUCUUGCUGGCGAGCCUCCGAGCGCAGACGGGCAACGCGACCACCGCGGCCAGGAUACAGAAUCAUCUACAUGCUGCAGGUCAUAUCUGCAUUCUUAAAGAUGCUUUCAUGUUUCAAAGUCCAGCUGAAGUAGCAAAUCUAACGUCCACAGACAAGUUUGAUGCAGCCCUGGCCAUUCAUCUCUAUAAAGGAGGCAGACUUCUGCAAGGCAGCAGAAUUCCUUUUGGAAUCAUCUUUGGUGGGACAGAUGUAAAUGAAGAUGUCAAAUGUGAAGAGAAAUGUCGGGUAAUGGGAGCAGUGCUGGAAGAAGCCAGGUUUGCAGUGGCUUUCACAAUGAAAAUGAAGGAACUGGCAGCAGCAAAGUGGCCAGAUGCUAGGAAGAAAAUAUAUGUCCAAACUCAAGGAAUUAAGACUACACCCAGUGAAACAUUUGACUGGUAUAGAUUUCUACAAAAUGCAGGCAUUCCUCCAGAUACAGACAGUUUACAUUUGUUUCUUUUGAUAUGUGGACUUCGAAGAGUUAAAGACCCUCUGUAUUUAGUGGAUGUAUUUUCAGACUGGCACAGAAAGGAUCCCCGUGUCCAUCUGGGCAUAAUUGGACCUGCAGUUGAUCCACUUUUUAUGAGUGAAGUUAAAGAAAAAGUUAACAGGUCACCUGGAGUACAUUUGUUACAGGAGAUGCCACAAGAUGAUCUUCAUGCUGCUAUGAAAAGGUGCUUUGCUGUGGUGAACAGCUCCAUUUCAGAGGGGAUGUCUGCUGCAAUUCUGGAGGCGAUGGAUUUGGAGAUUCCAGUGCUGGCAAGGAACAUCCCUGGGAAUGCAGCAAUAAUACAGCACAAGGAAACGGGAUUCCUGUUUUCAGAUCCCCAGGAGUUUGUUGUACUAUCCAAGAGUUUGAUGAAUGACCCCAUUAUGGAAAGAGAAAUUGUAACAAGGGCCAAAGACUAUGUGAAGAAACACCAUUCAUGGGAAAGUGAAAGAAAAGUCUAUCAGAUUCUCAUCCUCAGACUCCAGUGAACUGCAAGACCACAGCUGAUACACAGCCCAGCAGCCUGUGUAGAGCACUUUGAUAAUGGCUAUGUAAUUACAUUUGUGUUUUGUUUUAGCAGGGACAGUCAGAUUGACAUUAUUAUUCUAUUUAAACAUACCAACAGCACACAAGUUGCUACUACAAACUGUCAGAUUUCUCUAAUCCAGCACACUGCCUCUUGUGGACCAAUUCAGCACAGACUGCUAUCAUUUUGUGACACCACACAGGAGAAAUACAUUCCUUGAGCAGACACAAAAUCUUUGUUGUUUUAAGACCACAAAGAGAGGAGCAUUUCUUGCACACAGUGGAGUGCUCCACCACAGAGAGCUUUUAUCAAAUGUUCUGAUCCUGUUGCAUCCAAACCAAACUGCAGCAGCAGUUUUCUUUCCAGUUAUCCCAAUCUGGAUGUAUUCAGGUACAUGAGACCCACACUUCUAUGUUCACAAAGCCACAAUGAGUUAUAUAAAAAGAGUACAAAUUUAUAGAAAGAUUCAUUGAGACUGAAACAUCAAUGUAUGUGGUGUGCAAUGAUCAGGGGGCCAAAUGCAAGCAGUGUGGUGAUGCUUGGAGAAAGUAAGGAGUAUAAGUUCAUGGGUUUUUUUACUGCCAAGUACCUGAAUUCCUUGAAGAUAAACUGAUAUUUCAAGCAGUCCUAUCCCUGCUUCUUGUCUGCCCUGGAAGUGGAGCAGGAAGGUUGGCACAUCACCUGGCAGCCUCACAUGGCUCAGAACUGCAGAGUGCUGCACUCAGCAGCAAGAUGCUUUUGUUAUGUAAACUACCUCUUAGGUCUCCAGUUUCCUUGGUACCUCUGUAACAUACUUGUUUACUAAAAGAUUUAUGAGACCUCUUAAAAGGGAUGAAGGGGAGGCAAUUUUCAAGGCAUUUUCAAUUUACUCUGUAUUUUGGUGCUGUUUGUUCUCAUUUGUGGCUUGCAGGCUGUUUUAACAUGAGACUUACCUGUGCUUGAAGUCCAUGCUAAUCAUUCCUGCCAGCUCAUUGAUUAUGGGCAUGUCUUCUAAUCCCUAAUUGGUCGUCAAAGGACUUAAAUUAUUAUAAAAAAGAGAGUCCUAUAUUUAAUGGAAAACUGCUUUGUAUAGGCUUGAUCCUGUCCUCAUGAGAACCAGUGAGAAGUUUGCCAUUGAUCUGAAUUGCUGUUGUGUCAGACUUUGUAAUAAUGAAGCUCAGUGUGUAUUUUCAGCUUUUCUCUCUAUUUUUGAUGUUUUUCAAUGGCUGGGAUAUUAAACAAGAAAGUUUCAAAU